CUUGAGAGAACUAGAGCUGAAAAGAACCGUUGAACCUGGCUUUGAAGUUGUUUCUUUUUUCUCACCAAUCAAAAACACUGUUCACAACUGUCUCUUGCUUCUAGUAACUAGUUUGUUGAACUGUAACAGACUAAAACCUGAGAUCUUCCAUUUCAUCUGGUUUACAUGGAGUUCAGACCUCGCACUUAUGGUGCCUAUCAUUCUUCUCAUGUGCUUCCUCGCUUUCCUACUGAUAGCCAUCCAUUUGCGGCUCCAUCAAUUUCUGACAUCCAGGUUGAUGCAGUUGAUCUUGGUAACCAUGAAUUUCUUGAUCCACUGAGACGAUUGGAUGGAGAUGCAAAGGCUAUUCCAUUUGAUCAUGAAAUGCCGAGUGAAGCUGCUAUUCAUCCACCAAUGAAGGAGUGGAGCUCUUUUAGAAGAUUACUACAGCAAAGGUUCCCAGUUUCCAAAAUGGUCUCUCUUUCUUCUGUUCCUGAGGUUAUGAUGAGGAGCGGAAAAUCUCUUGAGAAAUCCUCAAGUAUGCAUAUGGAGGAACUAGAUGAUCCACAGAAAUUUGCAGAUGAUGAGGUCAAGGUGAUUGCUUGGCAGGAAUAUGUUUCCCGACUGCAUGAGCUCAAAGAUGAAAUUGCUCAUUCUUGGCUUGUUGAUGAUCGUAUAACAUCCUUAAAGUUAUCUGUAAAAGUCGCUAAACUUCUAGUGGAUACAUCAAUUUUGCAGUUUUAUCCUACACUCUUUGUCCUUGUCACUGAUAUCAUGGACAUGCUUGGAGAUCUGGUCUGGCAAAGGAUAAAACAGAAGGCUAAGUUUUCCGCAGAUGGAACCUUACUUGGUAGCUUACCAGAAAACUUUAAAGCAGUUGAUAUUUGCUCUGAUGCUAAAGAAACUUGCAAUAACUGGUUUAGCAAAAUUGGUGCUGUGCGGGAGCUUCUUCCACGCAUUUACUUGGAGCUGGCAAUAUUACCUUGCUGGCGUUUUCUUCUUGAUGAGCCUCUGGACAGUCUGAAGCGCUUGGUAAUGAUGACCAGAGGGUUAGGAGAUCCAGUGGCAUUUGCUUACUGUCAUCUAUAUAUGGCUCACUGUGCCCAGAAGUUGCCUUCGCAUGAUAUAGGAUAUCUUGUUACAUGUCUUAAUGACCUCAGAGUUAUCUUGAUCCGAAUCUUAUCCCCAAAUGGAAGCAUCUAUGGAGACAAAAGAAAAUUGUUUGUCAGUCUGAUGGAACCAACCAUUGAGUAUGUUAUGAAUUGCAUAUUUAAGGGGAUGUCUCAGAUGCAAAUAAAUGAUGUUCUCCCUGAGCUUGGGUUGAGGAAGAAUCAACAGUCUUCUAGCAAUGUCACUUAUGUUUCAGUUGUUCUUCAUCAUUUAUUGAAGGAACUCCCAAUUGAAGUAAUUUUCUCAAAUACUAUAGAAAUCCUUCAUCUCAUUGAGUGUAGCGAGGAUAAAUCCUAUGAUCAGCAUAUGAAUUACAGAUUGCUUGGAUUUAGGCUGAAUGAAAGGAGAUGCCCAUGUGACAUCGCCAAAGCUGUGCUUGAUAAAGUCAUUCAGGUUGUUGAGCAGUAUGAUAGCUUACAUCAGUACCUGAAGGUUGUAGAUGCCUAUGCAGAUCUUAUUCUUCAGAAUGGAAUGGAUAAUCUUCUGGAGACCAUUUUAGAAGGCAUAUCAAGACGUGCAUAUAAAGGGGUUAUGGAAGAUGAAAUGCUAAGCCUGCAGUCUCUAUUGGUGAAGCUUCUUUCUCAUUUCAAAUGCCUGGAAGAUGUAUUUUUGCUGAAUCACUUUCCUAAAAUCCUAGAUAUAACGCAUGGAAACACACGGAAUGUUGUCUUUAUGCACAUGCUUGAUAUGGCAACGAGGAAUUGUCGCAUAAGACACCCAACAACUAUACAGUUGCUUUAUGAAAUUUCUCAAACUCUACAUGAUGAUAUGGAAUUCAUGAAUGUUAAAGACGAUGAUAGCCAUGUGUCUCGGUUGAUCUCUCGCUUUGUUCACAUGGUAGAUUAUGGAGCAGACUUGGAACGCCAAUUAGCAUUUUUGGUUGAUUCUCGAGGAGCUUUCAGCAGACUAGAUGAACUUAAGGAAACUCUUGUUCACUCCAGCAACUGCUUAGCUAUUCAAGCCUUGAGAUCUAAAAAGCAUCUCAUUUUUGUCAAAUCCUGCAUAACAUUUAGUGAAAUCACAGUACCUUCCAUUUCCUCUCAGAGGAGGCAAUUUGAUCUUCUUCUAGAGACAGCAGAGGUUGCUUUACAAGGCGGCUUGUUUUCUCAUUCAGAUGAACUAAUCGACUCAGCAAUUGGCUGUUUGCAGAGUUCAGACAUAAUGGAUGGUUAG